AUGGAUUGUAUAUAAAAGAUAUUCGUAAUUCGAAGACUACCUAUAUUGCCUAAGAAAAACUUCAUAACAUUUCUAGUUGGCAAAUCAAUUGAACAAAUCAAUGAACGCAAAUAUGGACUAUAGCGCUAUUUAUAGACAUUAGCCUCUAGAUAAGAUAUUUUAGAUAAUGAUUCUUUUUAAUAAUUCUUAAAACUCAAACAGCCAGAAUAAUUAAUUAAAGAAGAGUUAUUCAAGGAAAAUAUCAUUGAAUAAGUGUAGAGUCCCCUUAAAAUCAAAAACUAAUUUGAAGAAAUCUAAGAUAACUAACCUAAACCUCAAUAAGUAUUCGUUGGUAAAAGAGAUUAUCAAUAAUAAACCUCAUUCAUUGAAAAUUAAAUUGAAUAAGCAAAAAAUAACUCCUUUGAAUAACCUGACAAUUAGCAAUCCUCAGACAUCAAGUAAAAUUAAUCAAAUGAUGAUGCUGAAUUAAUCGCAUAAAUGAAAACACAACUUCAAGAGUUCUAUGAUCAGAUAACUGAAAAAGAUGCCAUUAUCUCUAAUUUCAAUCAAAAAGAACUUGAAACCUAGGAAUAUUAUAACUAAUAGAUCUAUGAGAAGCAGUAUAGAAUUAAUGAAUUGAAUGGGUAAGUUAGCUAAUAUUAAGAAUCCUAUGCAGAAUUGUAGAAAUAGUAUUAAGAUAUGCAAAAUUAUGUUGAAGAGUUGAAAAUUAAACUUCAAGAAAGCUAAUAAUAUGCUUAGUCAUUAGAAUAAUAAUUCAAUGAGCAAUAAAAUUUAAUCUCACAAUAGAUGGCAUCAAUAGGGUAUGAGAAUUUAAAUUAAACAUAAUUAUCAUAAAUAAUAAUUGAGUAAUAAAAGAAAAUAGAUUAAUAAAUUCAAACCGACAGAGAAAGAGAACUUGAGUUCAAGCAUGAAUUAGAAAAACAUUAUAUAGUCGAGGCAUAAAGAGAUGAAUUAUUUUAAGAAAAUUAAUUAUUAAAGGAUCAAUUAGAGGAAGAAUUACAAUAAAGAAACGAGUAGACUGAAGCUAUAGAGCAAUUGAAAUUAGAAAUGGAAUAUCUAUAAAUGCAAUUAAAGGAGAAAUAAGAACUAUUAGAUAUUAAAAAUGAAUUAUCAUGA